AUGGCAAAAUUUGGGGUCCUUUUAUUGUUCAUCUUCUCCAUGUUCUACGUUGCAAUGCCUAAUAACCUGACCUUAAUCCCAGAACAAAUAACAUUUCCACAUCCACUUUGCAGGUCCCAAAUCGCGCUGGUGAACUUUGCAUGCGCGAUGGUGCCUAUACUCCCGAUGCCACAGCCCCCUCCUCCGCCGGCAGAUGGGAAUGGGCUUAGACACCGACACCGGCGUCGACACAGGCACAUGCAUAGACAUGGGAGUCAUGAGACACCCGAACAGCGUUACUGUUGUGAAUGGCUGAGGCAAAUGGACACGUUGUGUGUGUGUGAGAUACUGUAUCACUUGCCGCCUUUCCUUUGGAAGCCUAAUCAUAAGUAUACCGUUGUCGUCGACGAUGAAUGCAGCGUCACCUUCUUGUGUCAAGGUCGGCAACGGCUUUGA